AUGUCAAAGAUGCAACACGAUCACCACUCUGAAGACGAAGAUGAAAACAUCGUUGAAGAUCUUACUUCACCAUGGGUUGUAACCUGUUACCAAUCCGCUGCCCUCAUUGCCAACAAGGCUUUGAAGGAAGUUAUUGCCAAGUGUGUUGAAGGUGCAGUCAUUGUCGAUGUUUGUGCUGCUGGUGACGAUUUCAUUGAGAAGGAAGUUGCCAAGACUUUCAAUAAACGUAAGGGUUUGGAGAAGGGUAUUGCUUUCCCAACCUCUGUCUCUGUUAACAAUUGCGUCGGUCAUUUCUCUCCACUUAAGGGAGACACCCGUACCUUGAAGAACGGUGAUGUUGCCAAGAUCGACCUUGGUGUCCACAUCGACGGUUACAUCUCACUCGGUGCCUUCACCGUCAUCGUUGGUGGUGCCGCCGCUCCACUCACCGGAAAGGCUGCCGACGCCAUCUGCGCCGCUCACUUUGCUUUGGAGUGCGCUCUCCGUUUGAUCAAGAAGGGUAACAAGGCAUCGGACGUCACCGAUUGCAUCACCAAGAUUUGCGACACCUUCCACGUCAAUGCCGUCCAAGGUAUCCUCUCACACGACUUGAAGCGUUUCCUUUUGGACGGUGACAAGGUCAUCUUCAACAAGAUGCCAGUCGGUCAAAAGAUUGAGGACGCUGUCUUUGAGGAGAACGAAGUCUACUGCAUCGACAUUGUUGUCUCCACCGCCGAGGGUAAGGUCAGAGAGCUCAACGACCGUACCACCAUCUUCAAGCGUGACGUCAACCAAAACUACAAUCUCAAGUUGAAGUCUGCUCGUGAGUUUAUCCAAGAGGUCAACACCCGUUUCCCAGCCUUGCCAUUCUCCCUCCGUGCCGUCUCUGACGAAAAGAAGGCCAAGUUGGGUCUCUCUGAGUGUCUCACUCACCAAAUGCUCAAUGCUUUCCCAGUUCUCUACGAAAAGGACGGUGAAUUCGUUGUCCAAUUCAAGACCACCGUUCUCUUGUUGCCAUCCGGUAACCAAAAGUUGACCUGCACAGACAUCCCACUCCCACACGUCAACUCUGCCUACUCACUCGAUGAAGUCACCAAGGAAAUCGCCACCAGACCAUUGAAGAGAGAGAAGAAGGCUGCCGCCAAGACCUCAAACGCCAUGGAUACCACCAACUAA